CGCCCUAGUUCUUCCCCUCUGCAGCCGCCCCUGUCGCCGUGCCGUCCAGCCCCUCCUCCGGACCCGCAGCCACCCUACCCUCCCUCCGCAGCCAGGGUGUCCCGGCGUCGCCCUCGCCCUGACUCCCCUCCGGCCGGCCCCGGCGACCGGACGAGGAAGCCCGGCAGCGCCGCCAGCGGAGGGUUCAUUGUCGUCGCCCCUACCCGGAGCAGAGAGCGAAGAGCGAAGAGAGGAGGGACCGCUCGCUCGCUCGUCGCCUCAUCGUUGGUGGUGGUGGCUCCGCCUUCCCUCUCCCUCCGCGUCGCCCAGGUGUUAGCUGAUAAAAUAGAAGGGGAAAGGCGCUACCAUGGGCAUUUCAUCCAAGUGGAUCAAAUCACUUGUUGCGAUAAAAAAGCAUGGAAAAGAUCAGACUGGUGAAAGCAGCAGAGAAGUAAGUCAAAGGGCGGCAUUCGCAGUUUUCUUUCGAGCCAGCUUCCCCCCUUUCCUUUACUCGGCCUCAACGCGCUAGUAGGAAACCAACUGCUCAUUAUCGACCUCGAAAGAUGAACUAUGGGACACAAACAUACUACCAGUUGAUCCCAACAUCUUAUAAGUUGAUAACCACAGCUAGGGAAAUAACCAACUCCUGGAAAAGACAUGAAAUCAAAGCGGUAGCCUCAUUAUCCAGCAACCCCGUAAAAAAGGACAUAUUCUCUAUGGUUGGAUAUUGUGAUGGUGAAUGGUUUGUGUCUAUUUGCUCAUGUUGUUUCCUGCUUGUUCCUUUGUGAGCAUUAAAAAAUAUAUUUCAAUUGGAUUUGACUUGUCCUGUCCAAACGCGAGGUGCUGGCCAACUACCCGGAGGGCACCACCGCGCUGCGGGAGCUCAUCCAGAACACCGAUGACACAGGGGCCUCGCGGGUCCUCCUCUGCCUUGACCGCCGCGCCCACGGCUCCUACUCGCUGCUCGGCCCGGCGCUCGCGCAAUGGCAGGGCCCCGCCCUGCUCGCCCACAAUGACGCCGCCUUCACCGACAACGACUUCGCCAGCAUCUCCCGCAUCGGCGGCAGCAAGAAGGCCUCCUAGGCAUGGAAGACCGGCCGCUUCGGAACUGCAUCGAAGGUAUGGUCCGGAUACAUAGAGAUGUCUCCAAUAGUUCAUAUGCUCCUGAGUAUGAUGUUGCUGGCAUUUUGGAUCCUUUCUUGCAUAUUCGAGUUCUUAAACUUAUGCAUAUCUUGGGUCAAGGCGACGCAGAUUGCAGUGACUAUAUGAAUGACAUUCUUGCUCAGAUAUGUUGCUCUGAACAUACUUAUGACGGCAUUAUAGUAGAUACACAAGCAGUACAGAGGCACAGGGUGUCAAUAUUGGAGUGUGUAAAGGAUGCCGAUGCCCCCAUUCGCAAAAGGGCCCUAGAACUUGUUUAUUUGUUGGUCAAUGAUACUAAUGUAAAGCUACUGACCAAAAAGCUUGUCGACUACUUGAAAGUAGCUAAUCCAGACUUCAAAGAAGAUCUCAGAGCCAAGAUAUGCUCUAUGGCUGAAAAGUUUUCUCAAGAAAAGUUAUGGUAUCUUGAUCAGAUGUUCAAGGUUUUAUCCCUGAGUUGGCAUAUGCUGAAAGAAACACUUUGAGAAGAAGACAAAUUAUACUCUGGUUACUAACACUGACAUUUCGUUGGAAGAGAUUUUGUUCUCGGUGAUUGGGCAUAGUGAUUUUGAUGCAUCGCCUGAUCUCAUUCUCACACAGGAUAUCAAUGGGGUGAAUGCCGGUACUCAACCUAUUGAUGCACAUGGACAUGAUGACUCUCUAGCGUUUAUGGACCAACCAACCUGUAAUCAUGGACCUUGUUGUCUUGUAGACCAUUUGGUGUUUCGAGUGUUUCGAAGCUUGCACUUUGUGCAUGUAGAUACAAACUUGUGUGUUCUGGACCAUCUGAAGUCUCUCAUAGUAACCAAUAGUCCUUAUCUUUU